AUGGCCGCGAUCUCGACUUCCCCGCUGAUCCCAACCCUUAUCCUCCUCCUCUCCCUGCCGAUCCUCUUCUUCCUCGUCGGCCCCCGCAUACUUCCCUCCCGCCAGAUCUCCAUCUCCGCCCCCGACGAGCUCGACGACCUCUCCCUCUUCCACAAGGCCAUCGCCAUGGACUCCGCCAAUUUCUCCCGCCGCAGCCGCCUCCCCUCCGCCCGCUCCCACCUCUCCGCCGGCCUCCGCCGCCCCAAGGUCGCCUUCCUCUUCCUCACCAACUCCCCCCUCCACUUCGCCCCUCUCUGGGAGCGCUUCUUCUCCAACGUCACCACCAAGCACUACAACAUCUACAUCCACGCAGAUCCCUACGUGAAAAUCCCCCCCUUCGAAGGCGUUUUCAAGGGCAAAACCAUCCCCGCCAAGAGGACUCAGAGAUCCUCGCCGACGCUCAUCUCCGCCGCCCGCCGCCUCCUGGCCACCGCCAUGCUGGACGACCCCUCUAAUGCCUACUUUGCCCUGAUCUCCCAGCACUGUAUCCCACUCCACUCCUUCGAUUACCUCUACAAUUUUUUAUUCGAUCUGGGCCGGUUGUCGAAAAAUCUGGAGUUCUCCAGCUACAUUGAGAUUCUGGAUAAUGAGUCGACACUGUGGGAUAGGUACAAUGCCCGGGGGAAAGAUGUGAUGCUGCCUGAGGUUAAUUUUGAAGAGUUUCGAGUAGGUUCCCAGUUUUUCGUGCUCACAAGAAAGCACGCGCUAAUGGUGAUCAAGGAUAGGAAGCUGUGGAGGAAAUUCAAGCUGCCCUGUUUGAAUGUGGAGUCUUGUUAUCCCGAGGAGCAUUAUUUCCCUACGAUGCUGUCAAUGCAGGACCCGAAUGGCUGUAGCCAUUAUACGUUAACUAGAGUUAAUUGGACGGAUAGUGUGAAUGGGCACCCACACACUUACCAUCCUCCUGAAGUUUCCCCCGAGCUGAUUUACAAGCUGAGGGAGUCGAAUUCAAGUUAUUCCUAUAUGUUUGCGAGGAAAUUUUCUCCUGAUUGCUUGGCCCCUUUAAUGGGGAUGGCUGAUGAGAUGCCUAAUUUUUUGUCCUUACUAAGUAAGAGUCAAGGCAAGUUUGAGGCUUUUGGAAUGGGAAAGCAUAUUGGAGUUGCCCCCUCGAUUAGGUUUGUUCAAGUGGCUAUAUACCCUAAAGCCUAUGUAAUUUGAAUGGGGGGAUGCCCGACUCACGUAAUUGAUGGGCUAUUUAAAAUAUUUUCAAGAUCUGCAAAUCGUGUUUGUUGAGGUGUAGUUUGUUAGUGUAGCCACUUCUUGUGGUGGUUGAUUAGGGCUUUUUAAUUUACACGAUCCAUAAACCAUAAGGUUGUUGGGAUUGUGAUUUUGGGGUCUCUUGGCCCUUGCUGUUUUUGCUGUAAAUAUGUAUGUGAAAGAAAACAAAAGGAACAGUUCUUAGCUUNGGAACAACUCUUGGCUUAAGCUAAUUCAGAUUUGGCAAAUCCUAUGUUUCCACCUUAUAUUUCAUCCAAUUUACAUUCAUAAUAAUGACAUCAAUAUAUAUGCAUAGCAUUUUCAUGGGUGUACUUGAAUAGAAGAUGGAAUAGGAUUGUGCAAUCCCUAUUGCCCUUUGAGUGAUGUGAAUAAUGUUGUUAUUAUGUACCUUUUGUCUAACCUAAUGCUAGUAUUGUGGAUUAAGGGUGACU